GAAGCCCCCGGGGAGCAGCUGGAGCGGGGUCGCGGGGCGGCGGGAAGGAGUGGGCGCCUCUAUUUAAGCGGCUUCCCCGCGGCCUCGGGACAGAGGGGACUGAGCAUGGAUUGCGGACUGGCCCUCCUGCUGGCGGGGCUUCUGGGGCUCCUCCUCGGCCAGUCUCUCCAGGUGAAGCCCCUGCAGGUGGAGCCCCCGGAGCCGGUGGUGGCCGUGGCCCUGGGCGCCUCGCGCCAGCUCACCUGCCGCCUGACCUGCGCGGACCGCGGGGCCGCGGUGCAGUGGCGGGGCCUGGACACCAGCCUGGGCGCGGUGCAGUCGGACACGGGCCGCAGCGUCCUCACCGUGCGCAACGCCUCGCUGUCGGCGGCCGGGACCCGCGUGUGCGUGGGCUCCUGCGGGGGCCGCACCUUCCAGCACACCGUGCGGCUCCUUGUGUACGCCUUCCCGGACCAGCUGACCGUCUCCCCGGAAGCCCUGGUGCCUGGUGACCCGGAGGUGGCCUGUACGGCCCACAAGGUCACGCCCGUGGACCCCAACGCGCUCUCCUUCUCCCUGCUCGUGGGGGGCCAGGAACUGGAGGGGGCGCAGGCCCUGGGCCCGGAGGUGGAGGAGGAGGAGGAGGAGCCCCAGGGGGAUGAGGACGUGCUGUUCAGGGUGACAGAGCGCUGGCGGCUGCCGCCCCUGGGGACCCCUGUCCCGUCCGCCCUCUACUGCCAGGCCACGAUGAGGCUGCCUGGCUUGGAGCUCAGCCACCGCCAGGCCAUCCCCGUCCUGCACAGCCCAACUUCCCCGGGGCCUCCCAACACGACCUCCCCGGAGCCUCCCGACACCACCUCCCCGGAGCCUCCCGACACCACCUCCCCGGAGCCUCCCGACACCACCUCCCCGGAGCCUCCCGACGCCGCCUCCCCGGAGCCUCCCGACACCGCCUCCCCGGAGCCUCCCGACGCCGCCUCCCCGGAGCCUCCCAACGCCACUUCCCCGGAGCCUCCCAACACGACCUCCCCGGAGCCGGUCCCCCAGCAGGGCUCCACACACACCCCCAAGAGCCCAGGCUCCACCAGGACUCGCCGCCCUGAGAUCUCCCAGGCUGGGCCCACGCAGGGAGAAGUGAUCCCAACAAGCUCGUCCAAACCUGCAGGUGACCAGCUGCCCGCGGCUCUGUGGACCAGCAGUGCGGUGCUGGGACUGCUGCUCCUGGCCUUGCCCACCUACCACCUCUGGAAACGCUGCCGGCACCUGGCUGAGGACGGCACCCACCCACCAGCUUCUCUGAGGUUUCUGCCCCAGGUGUCAGCCUGGGCUGGGUUAAGGGGGACCGGCUAGGUCGGGAUCAGCCCCUCCUGAGUGGCCAGCCCUUCCCCCUGUGAAAGCAAAAUAGCUUGGACCCCUUCAAGUUGAGAACUGGUCAGGGCAAACCUACCUCCCAUUCUACUCAAAGUCAUCCCUCUGCUCACAGAGAUGGUUGCAUGUUCUGAUCGCCUCCUUUGGAGGAGAAGCUCAUCAGAAACUCAAAAGAAGGCCACCGUUUGUCUCACCUACCCAUGACCUGAAGCUCCUCCCUGAGUGGUCCCCGCCUUUCUGGAUGGAACCACAUACUUCUUACAUAUAUUGAUUCAUGUCUCAUGUCUCCCUAAAAAUGCGUAAAACCAAGCUGUGCCCCGACCACCCUGGGCCCCUGUCGUCAGGACCUCCUGAGGCUUUGGCAAAUAAAC